UACCUUAUUCAUUUAUUUAUUUGACGUUGAUCUCUACGUUUGACUAGACGCACAACAAUCCACAUAUUAUUAUUAUUAUUUUCAGUACAAUAUAUAACUACGUACGAAUUCUACUAAAAACCAAAAUGAAGACAUCUUACAUUAUUGCUUCAAUUGCGUUGUUCGCAUUUUUAUCAGAAAUAAGCUGUUCAGAUAAUUGCGUUAAAUUCAAUGUCAGAUGCCUUGAGGACAGCGACUGUUGUUCUGGUAAAUGCUAUCUUUCAGGCAAUCCAAACAAUAGAUACUGCAUGGAAUCCAAUAAUACAGCGCCUGAGUAUAAAGUUGAAAACGGUACGUGUUUAUAUAGUAAUUCGUCGUACAGCAAAAAUGCCAGCGAUACGGCAUACGACACGUUUGGAGUUCAUGCAGCCCACGCUUUAUUGCCACCUUAUACAAAAGUCCAAGUAACAUACAAUAACAAGACCAUAGAUGUCAUAAUAAAUGGCUUUACAAACACAACCAAUGGCACCCUUCUGAAUUUAUCCAGAGAAGCGGCGGAUAAGUUAGGCAUUAAUGAAGGAGAAUUAGUUCCUUGUUCCAUGGGUGUAUAUGAACCCGAACCAAAUUAUUCUCACAUUAAAAAAAUAAUUGGGCUUACUGCGUCAUUUUUUACCGUAAUAUUAGUCGUAAUGUAUAUGUUGUAAAAUAGCUACUACGAUAGAGUUUACACGUUUAUCUCAUACGAUAAAUGUGUUUAUCGUAUUAUUGUUACAUUAAUUUUAUUUUUAAAUAUCCAAUUAAUUUUAGUUAUUAAAACUGUUUGUAAUAAGUCAGAAGUAUAUUAUUAUUAAUUAUUUCAGCA